UCUCUUUCCCCUUGGGUGGCCACCUCACCUACUCAUACAGCCUCUGGCAGUUUCCCUCCCCUCUUUUUAAUCAGCUUGUAAAGAUCUUCAGACAAAGUUCAAAAAACAGUUUUUUUUCUUUUUUCUGUCAGAAUCCCAUAGUGAAGUUAAACACCCACCAGCUGUCUCUUCUGAAAAGUUUUGUUCUUUCAAGAGAAUUCUUCUUAUGAAACAUGGAAAAUGAAGGGGGCCAUGUUGUCAAGAGGCAGAAUGGUGAAGGAACCAGCAACAACAGCAACAACAACAACACUCUUGAUCCUCCACCACUUCAGAGGUUUGGAGAUUCAACCGAAAUAAUUGAAGAGAUGCCACUUGGUCAGCACCGAAAGCCGGAUGACCUUGUCUUAGAGAUACCACCAAGAACACUGGAGGAUGCCAGGGAGGAUUUUGUGAGAAUAGACAUGGCCUUAACACCGACUGCUACUCCUAAAAGAGUUAACUUUUCACCCAUGCCUAGCCCUAUUUUUUCCAGAUUUGAUGACUCCCCAGUCCACUCAUCAUUUAAAAAUAAAUCAGCCUUAAAAAGCCUCCUUCCGAAGCUAAGUUUCAAAUCUCGCAACACUAAUUUGGAGAUUGAGAAGGCUGCCAUCUUAGCACUGGGAGGCUCAUCAGCAGAGAUACGAGGGAAGCCUCGCAUUUCAAGGACAUUUUCCCUCUCAAAGCUUUUCACACCAAGAAUGAAGAAUACAUCAUCCUUACCUGUUACUCCAACUACUCACUCAAACCCAGAGUCCAUGCAUGGUGGGCAGAAAGGAGGGGCCGGACCACCCAUUCAUCGUUCACAUUCAGUUCCUGUGCUCAACAAAGAUGGAAGCAUAACACAGUUGGAUUCUUUAGGAGGUGUAUUUCGUGUAAUUCCUACAACUCCACGAGCAGUCAAGGGAACCAUCCUGACAACACCAAACACAUUUACCAAAAUUGAUAAUGAUGGAAAUAAUGAUGGUGGUGAAGAUAUUCCUGAAGAAGAAGCUGUUUGUAGAAUCUGCUUGACUGAGCUGGGGGAAGGUGCUGACACGCUCAAGAUGGAAUGUAGCUGCAAAGGUGAACUUGCCCUUGCCCACCAAGACUGUGCCAUAAAAUGGUUUAGCAUCAAAGGUAACAAAACAUGUGAUGUGUGCAAGCAAGAGGUUCAAAACCUACCUGUUACUCUUUUACGAGUUCAAAAUGACCAGGCUCAUAAUUUGAGAGGAAGUGGGCCACGACAAAUUGAGGCUGCUCGAUACAGGGUCUGGCAGGAUGUUCCCAUUCUUGUCAUUGUUAGCAUGCUUGCUUACUUUUGUUUUCUUGAGCAGCUGCUGGUUUCAAAAAUGAAGUCUGGCGCAAUUGCCAUCUCUCUUCCUUUUUCCUGUAUAUUGGGUCUCCUUGCUUCCAUGACAUCAACAACUAUGGGUGGGAUUAAUGAGGAGAAAAUAUGUCUGGAUUUAUGCUACAGUGCAAUUUGGACUUGUGGUUCUUUCUGCUCAUCUUUUCUACUCAUUGCUCCACAUACAGGCUGUUCUUUCUGUUCUGCUUUCUGCAUUUGUUGGGUUUGGCGGAACAAUGUGUGGAACCUCUAUUCUUUAUGAGGUUUCAAGGGGAUGGAGAAGGUGGCGUGCUGAGUCAAAUCAACAACUUGGUUCUCAAGAGGUUUCACAGCCAGAUCAACCAUCCGUAACCAUGCAACAGAUUCAGACAGAUACUCACCCUAAUGAAACUGAAAGGAGGGCUUCAGAAAGUGGGAAUGGCAAUUGAGUUAGUCUAUAUGUAAGAUGUAUAAAUGGUAGGAAAUGCAAAGCUUUCGGCUGUACAGAAACUGUCUCAGUUGUAGAGAUGCUUUUUACAUGCUUGUUUAUUGUUGGUUUUAUCAUCAGCUCGCAGGGAAAAGCUUUUUUCUUCUUUAUCUUUUCUUUCUCUUCUUUUUUUUUUGUUAUUUCAGUUCCACCCUAUAAGCUGUAAUAAUGCUGCAAUUUCUGUAAAUCAUUUAACGGCUCAA